CACACCAUUUUUAUUUUUCUAAACCCAUCUCCAUUUGCCCUGUUUCCAGUUCUCUUCCUCCCUUUUUAAUCGUCCCAAUACACCAAUCUUCUUAGAUCAUUUUCAGCUCAGUUUCAGAUCAGAGCUGCAUCUCCCGCUUCAGCCAUGGAGGAAAAGGUGGUGUUAAUGGCGUUGAAAGUCGACCUGGAUUGCUCUCGUUGCUGUAAGAAAGUAAAGAAAAUUCUGGGCAAAUUUCCUCAAAUUCGAGACCAGAUUUAUAACGAGAAGCAAAAGACGGUGGUGAUAAAAGUGGUGUGCUGUUCGCCGGAAAAGAUAAUGAAGAAGAUUUGCAGCAAAAGCGACGGAUCCAUAAAGAGCAUCGAGAUCCUCGAGCCCAAGAAGGAGGAGAAGAAGAAAGAAGAGAAGAAAGAGGAGAAAAAGGAGGAGAAGAAAGAAGAGAAGAAGAAAGAAGAAAAAAAGGAAGAGAAGAAGAAAGAGGAGAAAAAAGAGGAGAAGAAAGAAGAGAAGAAGAAAGAGGAGAAAACAGAGGAAAAAAAGGAAGAGAAGAAAACAGAGGAGAAGCCAAAGGUGGUGGUGCAGGCGGUUCAAGGGUAUCCGCCGCCGCCGUACGCGGUUGGCUGCAGCUCAUGUUACGAGGGUCGGCCGUGUUACCAAUACCACGGCUACGGGAUGCCGGCGGCGGUGGCGGCGCCCUGCUACGUCGGAAGGCCGAUCUACGACAGCUACGGCGGCGGAACUGGGAGGGGAUAUUAUGUGGGCCCUUCUUCAGCCGAUUACUACAACCCAGAAAAUCCAAACGGAUGCACUGUCAUGUGAACUGUGAAGUGAACGCCACGACUUUCGCUACCGACCCAUGUUCAUAAUUAUCAUCUUGAUGCCCAAAUUACGAAAAAUUUGUGUUCUUUUUUUCUUCUCUCUUUUCCUCUUUAAAAAAUAAGUUCAAUGGAAAUAUGGAAGAGUACUCUGUUCGUUUAGGAGUUGUCUAAAUUGAAGAUUCUAUCAAUGGAGAUAUUAAUGUUUUGUUUAAUGGGGACAUAGUUUAUGUUUGAUUGUCAUCUUGAUGCCCAAAUUACGAAGAAAAUGAUAAAAUUUGUGUUUUUUUUUUC